ACAGCUUCUUGGUGUCAUUACAUAUCUUAACAGUUCACAGUAUUGCAUUGGCUAUGUUUGUAGCAAUGUAAUUGAUUACCCGUACCAGCAUAAAGUGCACAUAACCCCAUGUAUUUAUUAAACCACGAUAAAAAGAUUUCCUUUAAAUUGUUUUCGGGAAUGUACCCUGAGACAAUUUUAGUGAAGGCUGAUUGCUGAAAACAAUGUUGUUGACCCUCCACCUGAGCAGGGCGUACAAAGCUCUUUGCCAGCCUUAAUGCUGGGGCAAACAACCACUGUUCUUAGUUAAUGUAAGCUGCGGAGAAAGACAGAAGGGUGCUAUUUUUGAUUGGGUGUCCUUAUUGUACUGUUGUACUGUGCCUGAGCUCAUUUUAUUUGAAUUUGCAGGAUAUUUGGCAGAAGCAUUUGAGAUAUGAAAUGAGAUUCAGAAUUUGAGAGUUGGGAAAGUUUAUUUUUCUUAUAUUUUAAAGGGAGAAUGUGUGUCAAGAUGCAGGGUGCAAAAUGGUUUAGUUUAUAUGUUAGUGAUGGGAGAUUGUAACAAUCUAUAUGACAUUUUUUUUUUCUGAAUAUAAAUCUUAACAUCACAUCUUUUUACUUCUAAAUUCAAAUUAGUCAUAAUGAUUGUAGGAUUAUCCCGUAUAGACUUGAAGCUAAUCAUUGACAGGUAAACCAUCAUUACAAUUAAAUAUCAUUUUAAGCCAACUCUCAGUGCAUGUCAGAUGAGACUCAGAACCAAACAGCACAUAAGCUGAAUACAACAGAAUGAAGACGCAGGCACUUCAUGAAUUGUUUUUCAAAUCUAGUGCAAUGAGAAGAUCCCAGAAGUCUGAGAAUGCCAACAUUGUUGCCUCUCAAGUGCUAAUGACAGCAGGAAUAGGAGGAAAGGGCAUCAUGUGCUGGAACAGGUGAAGGCAUUUGGACCAUUGCGACCUAUUAGGAGCAGAGGUUACCUGUAUUAGACACAGAAGCUGCUACUGAAUGUAAGAGGAACAAUAUCCUGGUGGACAGGUUUUCUGGACUACUCGGGAGGUUUUAAACUAGUCUAAACUAACAGGAGGGUGUGUACCAAAAAGGGCUUAUCCAGGGAGGUAUUGUAAACAAAAUUAGUUGGUGUUUUUUUUGCUGUUUUGAGGAAACACUUUGGCUCAUUGAUCAUGAAACUUUGUGGCAGGUGCUAGACAGAUUAGGCUGCCUUUAAAAGAUAAUAAGAUUCUGAAGCUGUCGCAGUCAGAUGACUGAAUGUUCUGAAGUGGCCUGGAGAUGGACCAAUAUCAUUUGAACUGGGAUUAAAUAGAAGUGUGUUAUUGAUCCUAUCCCAUUCUCCUUCAAUAAGUGCAGGAGUAGGCAAUUUGGCACCGAGCCAGCACCGACAUUCACUGUGAUCAUGGCUGAUCAUGCUAAAUCAGUUCUCCCCAUAUCCCUUGAUUCUGUUAGCCCCAAGAGCUAUAUCUAACUCUCUUGUAAACUCUCCAGUGAAUUGGCCUUCACUGCCUUCUGUGGCAGAGAAUUCCACAAUCUGUAUUUUAUGAAUCUUAUUUCAGUGAGACUGAUGCAUGCAUGAGAUAAUCCAAGCUAAUUUGGACUCCCAAUGCAACAUUAUAGAUGUUUCAUUCUAUGAUUAGUAGCACCAUUGAAGGGCCCAUUUAAUACAUUUUCAAAUUACUCUGAAAGCUAAACAUUCAUAUGUGAAACAAGAACAUGACGGUUUAGGGGAGCAGUUAGGCUAACAUUUUGAGUAGAAGUGUGAAUAUGCCAAGGGAGAUCCAUUUGCAUCCAUACUAUCACUCACUUGCAAGAAAAUUGUCUAUCUUCUGCUUCGAGGACCUUGAUGCACAUACUGACUCUUGUCCUGUGACUCUGGGGUAAGAUCAGGUCAAACACACAUGGCAACGUCACUAUACAGAUACUAUGACCUAUCAUUGAACAUUUCAACAACUACCUCAAGCCUACUGAAAGGUUAAAACUCACUGUAAAAGAUAAUUACAACAAUGAACUCCCUCGUCCAGUUCAGUUUAGUUUAUUGUCACGUGCACCGAGGUACAGUGCAAAACCUUUGUUGUGUGCUAAUCGGCCAGCGGAAAGACAAUACAUAAUUACAAUCGAGCCAUUCACAGUGUACAGCUACAUGAUAAGGGAAUAACGUUUAGUGCAACAUGUCUUUGGAAGAAUGUAAUAUCCCCAUUGGAAUUUUAUCAGAAGUUUGGAUUUGUUGCAAAAGAUCUUUUUUUGGAAAACGUGCAAUACUUUUCAGAGGGGUGAGCCAUUCUAAUUCUGAGGCAUUCACCCCAUUGCAGUAUCUAGGCAGAGGGAAAGAGGUUGAACUUGCUUUGUCAGUGGUUGCCACUGAGCAGCUGUUUCCAACCUGGCACAACAUUGUGAUCCUUUAUAUGCUUACAUUUGGAACUAUUCCUAUGAAAAUGGACACAGAGCUCAUCCUCACACUGAAGUAUUGUCAUCAAAAACACACACAAGAGAGGCUGGUUCAAAUACAGCUUAGAAAAGUUUGCUUACAAGGGAAACUCGGCCUUUACAAAGAGAUUUGUCAAGUUCAGCUAAAUUUGCUAACGCAUCAUUGAAUUCCAAAUGACAUUCUCUCUCUGGAACCAAUGAAUAGUUUGCUAGAUUGUUCUCCAAAUUUUUACUUUAUUUUUGGACUGUGUACGGCUGCAGGGUGGAUUUAUUCUGAGUGCCUAGUAUUGGUGUCAUCUUCUCAUCCAGAUAAAUGAAGAAAGGUUAACAGGUAAGAUGAUGAUUUGUGGCAGUCAGUCUUUCAUUAAUCUCAUUUGCCAAACUUGACUGGAUGUGUAUAUAACACAAAUGAGCAUUACAUUAGGAAUUCAUUUUUUCUACAAUAUUGUCUGGAAAUCAACAAUGUGAUAUCAAGGUGAUACCUUUAGCUAUCUGGUGCAAAUGUUCAACAUCAGGAACUUGGAAAGACCCAAAAGCAGUAUUGUGGCUUUCUGAAUGGAGGAUCCAAUCUGAACACAAAUUCAGUAAAUGCUAUUUUAAUUACUUGGAUGACAAGGAUGCCAAUUAAUAUAAUGCAAGACAAAAAAUACAUGGUAGUGCAUAUCUUUGAUACUUGUGCCUGCGGUAGAAGCUAUGAUGGUUAAUAACCAGGUUUAUUUUGUAUGGAAAGCACAACAUAGAAAGAGAUCAUUCAGAUCAAGUGCUCACUCACGGCAUCACAUUCUCCCCAUUCAUCCGAUCCCCCCAUCAUCUCGUUCUAUAACAUCCUCCUUUGUACGUUUAUUCCUUUGGGAAGAAGUUUCACAUUUGCACUGUGAAUUCAUUAAGAUGGGGACACGUUUUCUCUUCAUUUAUCAAUCAAAUUAGUUCAGAAUUUGAAAGACCUGUCGGGUCAUCCCUCAGCUUUCACUUUACAAUGUGCUCUUGCCCGUGUGGUUAGUUUUUCUGCGGCACUCUUCUGCAUGAUUGUGUUGUACUCUGUGUGUGGACAGAUUGUGGGGAGAAGCUGCCAUCGGGUGCUAGGUAACGACACUGGACUGAUAAAGGCUGAAGGAUGAUGCAGCCCCUGGUUCUGCAUGGAGGGCUGCUGCUGGCGCUGCCUCUGUGCCUGACUCUGGACUUUGACUGGACAAAAGACCAUGGCGGAUCCUUCUACUAUGGGACUUUCCCUGCUGGUUUCUCCUGGGGUGUGGGCAGUUCGGCCUACCAGACAGAAGGAGCCUGGAAUCAAGAUGGGAAAGGUCUCAGUAUCUGGGAUGUUUUCACGCAUAAGAAAGGAAAAGUAUUCCUGAAUGAAACAGGGGACUCAUCCUGUGAAAGCUAUUAUAAAUUCAAGGAGGACAUUGCCUUGUUGAAGGAGUUAAAAGUCAAUCAUUAUCGCUUUUCUAUAUCCUGGCCUCGAAUCAUACCAACGGGGAUAAAAGCCGAGCAAGUGAAUGGCAAAGGAAUCGACUAUUAUAAUGAACUGAUAAACACCCUCCAGGAGAGCCAAAUUCUGCCCAUAGUGACCCUGUACCACUGGGAUCUUCCACAGGUCCUCCAAAAUAAAUAUGGUGGCUGGCAGAACAGUAGUAUGAUUAACUUCUUCAAUGAUUAUGCCAACCUGUGUUUUGAGAAGUUUGGUGACCGAGUGAAACAUUGGAUUACUUUCAACAAUCCUUGGUCCAUAGCUGUCGAAGGAUACGAGGUUGGACUGCAUGCCCCAGGGUUAAAGCUUAAUGGAAUAGGAGGUUACAGGGCAGCACAUAACAUUAUUAGGGCCCACGCGACAACUUGGCACACGUACGAUAGACUCUGGCGCAGUCGCCAAAAAGGCAUGGUGGGUAUUUCCAUCACAAGUGAGUGGGGAGAUCCAGUUGACAUUACAAGCCAGAAGGAUAUUGAGGCUGCUGAGCGAUACAUCCAAUUUAAUCUUGGCUGGUUUGCCAACCCUAUUUUCAAUGGCGACUACCCUCAAGUUAUGAAAGACUGUAUUGGGAGAAAAAGUUCACAGCAAGGCCUGGGCAACUCAAGACUGCCUGCCUUCACUCCACAGGAGAAACACUUCAUCAAAGGCACGGCAGACUUUUUUGGACUGGGUCACUUCACGACCCGUUACAUCACUCACAAGAAUUACCAUUACAGCAAGGGACCAAAUUAUCACACUGAUCGUGAUUUAGUGGAACUCGUCGACCCACAGUGGCCAGACCCAGGAUCUGAAUGGCUUUACUCAGUACCCUGGGGUUUCAGAAGGAUCCUGAAUUUUAUUAAGAGUCGAUAUGGUAACCCUAGGAUCUAUGUGACAGAAAAUGGAGUGUCGGAGAAAUGGCAGUGUACUGAGUUGUGUGAUAAGUGGCGAAUACAGUACAUGAAUAAUUAUGUUAAUGAGAUUCUUAAAGCUGUGAAAGAUGGUGCUCAAGUGAAGGGUUACACAUCCUGGUCACUGCUGGAUAAUUUUGAAUGGGAUGAAGGGUAUUCAGAAAGAUUUGGCCUUUACUACAUUGAUUUUAAAACCAAACACAAGAGAAGGUAUCCCAAGGCUUCAGUUCAAUAUUACAGGAAGAUGAUCAGCUCCAAUGGAUUUCCCAACCAGAGAGAAAUUGAAAACUGGCUGCGUAAGGCCGCUGAGACGUGCUCAACCACCAAUGCACUGCUUGCUGCAGCUGGAAGAACAGACGGAACAAAUGAGAAGCAGGCACAUUUGCCAACAGUUUGGCCAGUGCAUGAUGAAGUUUAGAUCCUCUCAUCAAUCAUAUGGAGAUGGUGACUGAGAUUGUAGUUCCAACCGUGUGCACCCUAUGUAUACUCCUGAGUGCUAUUUUACUGAUGUUCCUACUUCGGAGAAAAUGAGAAACGAAGAUUGUUGUUGCGGUAUACAAGAACAAACAUGGAUGGCUAACCAACUUCUACUUCUCCAGCAAGUUUGUUCAAAUAGAAAAAAGUUAACAAAAAAUGAUUUGAUACUUCAUUAGUAUCAAGUCCAAAGAUACUACUUGUUUUAUUGCCAGUGAAUGAGAUAGUAAAUCUUGGGAUAGUAAAACUGUUUUUGAAACAAAACCAUCAUCCAAACCUGCAAUUAAUAUUCCAUGACUGAGGUAACAACAGGAUAACUGGAUUUUUCUUCCAAUUGUUCCUUCCCUACUGGGCACUGUGUGCUAUGCAAACCCAUAUUAAUGAUUCAGUACAGAUAAAAGAUAAUAAAUACUACAACCUAUGUCUCUUCUUAAAGAUUCAGUACCAGUUCCUGCAGAAGAACAAUUUUGACUUUGGCAACCAACUUUAAAAGUUGCAAGAUGCAAUGUUCAAUAAAGUAUAGUGAAAACAAUAUUACUGUGUGCUAAUGAAAAGUGCCACGUUGAAUAAAUCAGCCAGUUCUUCAGUAUGUCAUAAUGAAGACCAUAACAACUUGGUCUAGAUUAAAAUAUAGUUUAAAAAAAUGAGUCAAAAGGUAAAUUGACCAUAUAAUUUUUACACGUGAAUCACUAACCAUUGACACACAAUUUCCCCUGUCCAUAUAACAUAUACUCAAUGGUAUAUUAUCUCUGUAAACAAAUAUUAUUAAUUGAUCUUUUGUAAAGUAUUGCUGACAAAACAUAACAGUUGUCAAAGGGUUUGUCCAAAUAAAAUUUCCACUGAAAGAUGGAAUCUUAAAGCUAUUAUUCUAAACUUGUAAAAUGGGCAUCAAAACCAAUUCUACGGUAUUUUUAAUUCUACUACACAAAAUUAAAAGCUCAGUCAGGUUCAGGAGUUCAUAUUAAGUUUUGUCACUCAUAAUCCCAAACUAGAGGGCAUUGGUUAAAGAUAUAAUAGGAACCCGAGGAGCAACUCUUUCCACAAAGAGGGUGCAACACAUAUGGUAUAUGCGACCUAAUUAAGUAGUUAAGACACAUACGAUAUCAAAACAUUUGGACAGGUAAAUGAAUAAGAGGUUUAGAGAGAUAUGGGCUAAACACAGGCAACUAGAACAAGCUUAGAUGGGGCACCCUAGUCCGCAUGGAUGGGUUGGGCCAUAGGGCCUCUUUGCAUGCUGUGCAACUCUAUAAUACAUUUGAAAUUAUCUAUUUGUGUACCAGUUAUUCAUCUUUAUGAAAUCAUAUUCAGUAAUUGUGGCAAUUUAGUAAACUGCGUUCUAAUAGUAGGAUGACCUGAACAGUUAAUUUUGUUUAUUUUCUACAAAAUGCUGCCCGCUGAGUAUCUCCAGCAUUUUUGAUUUUAUUUUAGAUUUGCAUCAUCUUUAAUGUUUUGCUCUUCUAGCCACAUACAUUAUCCUGGUUGCUAGGUAGUACUGGAGAAAAUCUUGAGGGGAUUAUGUUCAAGCUGCAGCAAGUGCCUGUAGUAGAAUGAUUAACUCUCCAUGCGGAAUAGAAAGGUACAAUGUUUGGAAAAAAAUUAUACUGUUAGAUUUACCUUUUCCCUACAAUGUUUUAGCUGAAAUGUGCUUGACUGCAGUUAAUCACUGUAUUGUAAUAAAAUGCUU